AUGAGGCUGUCUCGGCCCUCCCCGUCUCCAGGCAUAUAAAGUGGGGAGCGCUCCCGCGGCCGGCCAAUGCGCCCGGAGAGCAGCGCUCGCCUUCCCCGCUGCAGACGGACGUCGAGGCGGCGAUGAGGCUCCCGCUGGCUUUCGCCGUGCUCCUCCUGGCCUCGUCACAGGCGUUGGGCGAGGAGAUGGGAGCCACCGACGACCUCAGCUACUGGUCCGACUGGUCCGACAGCGACCAGGCGAAGGAGGAGCUGCCGCUGCCCCUGGAACACUUCCUGCAGAGGAUGGCCCGGAGACCCCGGCCCCAGCAGUUCUUCGGCCUCAUGGGCAAGCGGGAUGCCGGAUAUGGCCAGAUCUCUCACAAAAGGCAUAAAACAGACUCCUUUGUUGGACUUAUGGGCAAAAGAUCUUUGAAUUCUGGGUCCUCUGAAGGGAGCACAGCACAGAAUUAUGAACGGAGGCGUAAAUGAGGCAUUCCCGUGCGUUAUUUAUUGAACUUCAUUUGUUCUAAUGGCCAAUGCAGUGUAAUAUAAACUAUCCACUGUAUGAAAUAAUUAUUUAUUUAAUAACUGAAGGGGUUUGGUUUUUUUUGAGUUGUACAUUCAAUAAAAGUAUUAUUUUUCAUAUUGUGGCAGUGACAUGUGUUGUGUAGGUGUGUUGUGGUUCUGAAAGGACCAGCAACUCUGGUGAUGUCUCACAACAAAGCACAUGUUUGGUAUGACCUGUAGAGUUAUGUUUACUAAACAAGCAAGUAUUCUUUUGUUCAUUGAAAGUGAGUCUAUCAGCUUCACAGCUAGUGCAGAACAGAACUGAUGUUCAGUCUAGUGCCUCAAUUCGUUUUCAUGAUUUAUUAUGUGCUGUAAUUUCUGUAUCAAAAAUAUAUAUUUGUAUCAUUGCAGCAUGUUUUAUGUUCUGUGGUUAUGUAUCAAUAUAUUUUAAAAAGGGGGAUUGGUAAUGUUUGAAUGGGAACCCAAGGUCUUAAUUUCAUAGUUUGGAAUUUUAUGAUAGCAACAUUUUAAAUAAAAACUACUCUGGGGCUUUUGCAACAUA